AUGUUGAACGAAUCCACCUCACCAUCAUCUUCUACACCUUCAUCUCUACCAUACUACGUUCUCUCAUCGGACUCAGAAUCGUCUGACCCUCAAUCCCCCACACUAGCUCAACUUCAGGCACGUGCUCUUGUCUCUCAACAACCACCUGAACUAGAAGCCAACACUCCUCCACCUGAACAACAAAAUCCACCACCAUCUGAACAACCACCAAGUCCACCACCUGAACAACCCACACCACCAUCCUCUGAUACUCCCACCAUACCACCCUCCGAAGACAUCAUCAUCCCUACCUCUCAAACUCCCGCUGACACCACCCAAACACCACCAUCAUUCCCAUCCCCCAACCCUAAACUAGAACAUGCAUUCCCCGCCUUAGAAGAAGAAAUUACUUUAUUUGAUGAGUCUUCUGUGGAGAAGAUCAACUCUCUAGAUAAUGGAGAAAGGCUACAGGCAUGUUUGGUCAGAGAGGCUGAGGAAAAGGCUAGAAGAGAAGCAAAAGAGAAAGCUCUCCUAGAAGAGGAACAACGACUUAGAGAAGCUGAAGAAAAGACUAUCAUUGAAGUUGCUGCUGCUACUGAAGCUGAGGCAAAAGCAAAAGUCGACGUUGAAGAAGCAACAUGA